UAGAUAGCGGCACCGACUUAAACGCGCCCACUCGACACGACGAAAGAAACGCGUUUGCUUCGCCGUUUUCAUUCAUCCGAUCCGAAACGACGACGUACUUCUGAGCAAGGACGGCCACCAUGUCGGUGACUGUUCAUGAGAAUCGGAAAUCCCGCACCAGCACAGGAUCCAUGAACAUUUCACUGUUUCACAAGCCAUCACACCCUGACAGUGUGUUGACUCAUCUAAACACAAUGAGAAAACUGUGCAUGUUCACAGAUAUCACGCUGUGGGCUGGGGACCGCUCCUUCCACUGUCACAGGGCAGUAUUGGCAGCUUGCAGCCGUUACUUUGAAGCCAUGUUUAGUGGAGGACUACGAGAAAGUAUGGACAGUGAAGUCAAUUUCAGAGACAGUAUACACCCCGAGGUCUUGGAGCUUCUGCUGGAUUACGCCUAUUCAUCUCGAGUCAUUAUAAAUGAGGAGAAUGCUGAAUCAUUGUUGGAGGCCGGAGACAUGUUGCAGUUUCAUGACAUACGGGAUGCCGCAGCAGAAUUUUUAGAAAAAAACCUUCAUUCUUCAAACUGUUUGGGGAUGUUGCUGUUAUCAGAUGCCCAUCAGUGUAAAAGAUUAUAUGAGCUGUCAUGGAGGAUGUGCCUACUACACUACGAAACGAUACGAGAAUCUGAGGACUUCUAUAGUUUGACGAAAGAAAAGCUGCUAGAACUUGUGCUGAGUGAUGAACUGGAGAUAGAAGAUGAACAGGUCGUGUUUAACUCUGUGAUGCGAUGGGUUCGAAAUGACUUGGAUAAUCGUCGUCACCAUUUACCAGAGCUGCUUGGGGGGAUAAGGUUGGCUCUUCUCCCCUCUGAAUGUCUCCUGGAGGCUGUUGCAUGCGAAGAACUUGUAAUGGCGGACAAGAGGAGCAGGAUAAUUGUAGAAGAGGCAAUGCAAUGUAAAAAAAGAAUUCUUCAAAAUGAUGGAAUUGUGACCGGUCCCUGUGCUCGACCGCGAAAGGCAGGGCACACCCUGCUGAUAUUGGGAGGCCAAACGUUUAUGUGUGACAAGAUAUAUCAGGUUGAUCACAAAGCCAAGGAAAUCAUACCAAAGGCAGAACUUCCUAGCCCAAGAAAAGAAUUCAGUGCGUGUGCCAUUGGUUGUAAGGUUUACGUGACUGGAGGAAGAGGGUCAGAAAAUGGAGUGUCAAAAGAUGUCUGGAUCUAUGAUACAGUUCAUGAAGAAUGGUCCAAAGGAGCGCCUAUGCUUAUAGCAAGAUUUGGUCAUGGUUCAGCUGAAUUGGAGAACAGCCUGUAUGUGGUUGGAGGUCAUACAGCCAUUACCUCGGUUUAUCCGGCCUCUCCAUCCGUCUCUUUGAAACAGGUUGAGCGGUAUGACCCUGUCAGUAACAAGUGGACGAUGAUGGCUCCCUUAAGAAAUGGUGUCAGUAAUGCAGCAGUGGUCAGUGCCAAAUUAAAACUGUUCGUUUUUGGGGGCACCAGCAUACACAGAGAGAAAGCCUCGAAGGUCCAAUGCUAUGACCCUGUUGGGAACCGCUGGAAUAUUGCAGCUGAGUGUCCGCAACCUUGGCGCUACACAGCAGCUGCAGUGUUGGGGAGUCAGAUCUUCAUCAUGGGUGGUGACACUGAAUUCACAGCCGCCUCUGCUUAUCGGUUUGACUGUGAAACAAAUCAAUGGAAUCGUGUUGGCGAUAUGACAUCCAAACGGAUGAGUUGCCAUGCCGUGGCCUCCGGAAAUAAGCUGUAUGUGGUCGGAGGUUACUUUGGGACUCAAAGGUGUAAAACAUUGGAUUGUUACGAUCCAACAUCUGACAGCUGGAACUCCAUCACCACUGUGCCUUAUUCACUGAUACCCACCGCUUUUGUCAGCACGUGGAAACAUCUACCUGCCUAGGUGGAUUACAACCCGAGGUACAUUAUGAUUGACUCGUCAAAGUGCUUUUAGUAUUUUGGCGCUUUGUGUUUCACCGCCAUUGAGAAGCACAGUUGACCAUAUAUAUGGCAACACAUUAAGCAUGUCAUAUCAUUUUCGACACCGCUUAUCCUGUACAGCAGGGGUGCCCAUUAGGUCGAUCCUGAUCUACCGGUAGAUCUAAGACGGGUCCCAAGUAGAUCUGAGGAGUGUUGAGGAGAAAAAAAACAAAACAAGUUGUGUGUUUUUGUACAUGUUAGUAAUACUGUAUAUUUUUUGUGUUAAUGUACGCUGCACCCUAAUCAUCCAGUCUUAGUUUCAGAAAAAAUGUUUUAAAAAUGUUUUAAAAUAGAGCAGGUCAAUUUGGCGGCCCGGUAGUCCAGUGGUUAGCACGUCGGCUUCACAGUGCAGAGGUACCGGGUUCGAUUCCAGCUCCGGCCUCCCUGUGUGGAGUUUGCAUGUUCUCCCCGGGCCUGCGUGGGUUUUCUCCGGGUGCUCCGGUUUCCUCCCACGUACCAAAAAUAUGCAUGGCAGGCUGAUUGAACACUCUAAAUUGUCCCUAGGUGUGAGUGUGAGCGUGGAUGGUUGUUCGUCUAUGUGUGCCCUGCGAUUGGCUGGCAACCGAUUCAGGGUGUCCCCCGCCUACUGCCCGGAGACAGCUGGUAUAGGCUCCAGCACCCCCCGCGACCCUAGUGAGGAUCAAGCGGUACGGAAGAUGAAUGAAAAUCUUGAAUUUACGAUGCCGCGUAAUUACGUCACCGGAAGUUGUUAGCGCCAGUAAUGUUAGAUCCCGGGAGGUUAGUUUAUCGAAAAGUAGAUCUUCGGUCGAAAAAAUGUGUGGGCACCCCUGCUGUACAGGGUCGUGGGGGAUCACUGGAAUAUCUCCAAACAGACUUUGGGCAAAAGGUGGACUACACCCCAAAGUGGUCACCAGUUAGUUGCAGCGCACACAUAAGGGGUGUUCACGGCAACAUUUGCUCUGGUGCUACGCCAGCGCUGCGCCAGUGGAGCGUUCACACGUGCAAAUUUGCUCCGGGGUAGCCGGGUUAUACCAUCUAGACCAGGGGUGGGCAAACUUUUUGACUCGCGGGCCACAAUGUGUUUUCAAAUUUGACAGAGGGGCCGGGCCAGGUGCAUUUGGAGGGAGUGUUUUGGCCGGAUAUACUAAAGCAUUAAAUGUAGUGUGUGCAAACCUCAUAGCACAGUAAGAACACUACAACCCAAUUUAUUAACUGUCUUUCAAAUGUGAAAAAUAGCCCUUAUCAGUUAAUAAAUUUGUCUCAAGGAAUAUACAAGAUAUGGCAUGUACAUAGUAUUUUGCAACUAAAUUUUGUCUAAACUAUCGUGUCUAAUCUAUUUACAAAAUCUAUUUUGUAAAUAGAUUAAAAUAAAACACACUGUGAUUUAUCAAGAUGGCGUCUGUUUUUAAUAAGUUUCAAUUUAAGGUGCAAAGUUAAAGACAUCAAAAUUUAUUGAAAAAUUGAAUCACUUUCAACAUUCAAAACAUAUUAUUACACAAUGAAAUACUUAAGUUCAAUAAUAUCUACUUGUGUUAAUCUACGCAAAAUCAUGGAUGGAUUGUCCUGACCGCGCGCUCUACAAACUCGCCACGGACGCCCUCGCCUUCACGCGCAAACAGUACACGUGCUUUGUUGCCAAGCACACAGACAUAGGCUGUAUUAAAUAUCCUACCUGCAGCUGAAAAUUUAAAUUAAGAGCGAUGUGUGGCGUGUUAAUUAAGCUACUGUACCGCUGCUGUGCGUAAAUACGCAUUGCUCUUAAUUAAAAGACUCACUUCCAAACAUUCCAAAUGCAUUUUUUCAUAACACAGCAGAAACAUUCACCAUUUCAGUGGGAACAGUGUUGUUGGCCUCCCUUUUUUUGCCAGUGCAUCAAAGUCUGGAGUUAGUUUUGUUGAGGCAAUUCUCAGGACAGAUCUGAAGUGUUGGUCUGUUAACUUGGAUCUGUGAUGGGCUUUGUUGAUUUUCAUGACGCUAAACGUCUGCUCACACACGUAAGUCGAGCCAAACAACACCAGCAUCUUCUGCGCCAUCCUCCGGAGGUUUGGAAAUGCGGUCUCGUUAAGUGAAGCGUAAAAGUCAUUCAGUUUAAGAGACUUGAACUUCUCCUUUGAGACGGAGUCAGACUGAAGAUCGAUCAGUUCCAAUUGCAGCUCCUGCGUGCUAAUUUGGGGUCUUGUGACAGGGGACAGGACACCAGUUGAAGUGACUUGUCAAUUUUUUCAAAAUCACAGAACAGACGGCAAAAUUCUCUGUGCAGAUCGUCCAGCGAUUUGCAGUAUUUCUUCGCAUUUCGGGCGGCCUCUUUCUGCACGGCUAGUGUGGGGAAAUGUGCAAAAGAUUCGUUUGACAUUUGCCUCGAGAAUAAAACCAGCUUGGAUUUGAAGGCUCUCACAUUUGUGUACAUGUCGUGCGCAAACUGAUCAUUACCCUGAAGCUUCACGUUCAGCUCAUUCAUGUGUGAAAAUAUGUCCACAGCAAACGCAAAGUAACAAAGCCAGUUUGUGUCGCUCAGCUCGGGGAAUUCUUCGGAUUUCCCCAUUAAAUUAAAAUGAGCGAAUCUCGUCUUUGAGCUCCCAGACUCGUUGAAACACUUUCCCCAAACUUAACCAGCGGACGCGAGAGUGGUAAAGUAGGUCCUGGUGAUCCGCAUUAGUUUCUUCCAGUAACGUAAUGAACUGACGAUGAUUAAGUCCCCUUGCUCGUAUGAAGUUAACAAGUUUUACAACUGGAUCCAUGGCGUGAUUAAGCUGCAAUACAGACUUGCACAGAGACUCCUGAUGAAUGAUCCAGUGCAGUAAAAUAACAUCCUGGUCAGGGUUUUCUUCUUUCACUUUAUCCUGGAUUCUUUGCAGUAGCCCGAUGUUUUUGCCAGUUAAAUUUGGCGAUCCAUCCGUGGUGACAUUGGCAAGUUUACUCCAAGGUAGCUUAAUUCUCUCGAUGACAGCAGACACCUGUUCAUAUAAGUCCUCUCCUCGCGUUUUCCCUUUUAGUGAUUCCAUGCUCAAAAGCUCCUCCGUUAUCUCAAAACUGUCGUUAAUCCCUCGGAUAAAAAUUAGGAGCUGAGCAGUGUCUUUUAUGUCGUCCAGUGCUAGUGAAUAUAACUUAAAGGACUCCGCCUUUUUGUUCAACUCGCUGACUAUAUCUUUGUCAAUCAGUUCCACGCGACGAGUCACUGUCCUGCGUGCUAAACUAAUUUUUUCAAACUUGGCUUUGCUCUCCGGACACAAGAGACCUGCCGUCUCUACCAUGCACUCUUUCAAAAACUCGCCUUCGGAGAAAGGAUUGCUAGCCUUUGCUAAUUUGAAUGCCAGCAAAUAACUUGCCUUGGUACUUGACUCUUGAAUUGCAGUUUGUCGGUGAAAAAAGUUCUGUUGACCCUGUAAAUUAGCUCCCAACCUCUGAGCAGUAGCCGCCCGUUCUUGUGUUUACUGCUUGCUAGCAUAGUUUGCAUGUUUCGUGGCAAAGUGACGGCUGAUAUUGUACUCUUUGAAAACCGCAACAGCUUCUUGGCAUAUCAGACAUACAGCCAUUGAUCGAACUUCAGUGAAGAAGUAUUUUGUUGUCCACUCCUUAUUAAACACUCGGCAUUCGCUGUCCACUUUCCUUCUCUUUGGUCUGCUCAUUUUUACAGACGGGCUUAAUGGUGACCUGAUAUACACCACACCAACAACGGUCAAUGUGUUAUGAGUGCGCCAACCAUUGGGGAAAGGUGGGCAUUGCAGAGAAAGGGGGAAAAAUGAGUUUUUUUUACUAUAAUUUGGACAAGUUCGGCGGGCCGGAUUAAAAAGCCUUACGGGCCUUAUGUGGCCCGUGGACCGUAGUAUGCCCAUGUCUGAUCUAGACUCUAGGCGUGGGCAAACUAAGGCCCGCGGGCCACAUAAGGAUCCCCUUAGUCUUUUUAGUCUUACCUCUAAUACCAUCUGAACUAGAACGGGGGGA